AUGUUCUGCUACCGCUCCUACCGCCACACCCCUCGCCGCCGCCGCCAACGCCUCCUAACACUCGCCCUCCCCUUCCUCGCCUUCAUCACCUUAACGCUCCCCUUCUACCUAAUCUACAAACCACCGCACCUCCUGAUUUCCUACCUCGCCCACAAAUACCCAGACAUCCUCUGGCACGUUCCACACCUAAAACCCGGCACGACGUCACCGAUAAUCGCUCUCACAAUCGACGACGCCCCAUCGGAAUUCACACCUGAAAUCCUCGACAUCCUCAAAGAAAAUGAUGCGCACGCAACCUUCUUCCUAAUCGGCGACCAUAUCCCUGGAAGGGAAUGGGUUAUGCGCGAUGCGGUGAACCAGGGGAAUGAGCUGGGGAACCAUGCGAUGUACGAUGAGCCGAGUAAAGAUCUUAGUGAUGAGGAGCUGGCCGCGCAGAUCCAGGCGGUGCAGAGUCGCAUUCAGAGAAUCUAUGCCAUGGCGGGGCACCAGGCUGAGGCGCACGAUGAGGUGAAGGUCGGUGAUGUUGAGCAGAAUUCGCUGUUUGGUGCGGCGGUUGAGGCGGGGCCCGUGGUUGGGUUGAAGAAUGUUGGCGGGGGGAGUAUUACUGCUGCUGGGAAUGGUGACUCUUCUGCGGAGGCAGAAACAACGACGGCGACGACAACUCUGGAACCGGGGAAGUAUUUCCGGCCGGGGUCGGGGUUCUUUACGGAUAGGAUGAGGGCGCUUGUGCAGCGUGAGGGGUUCCGGCUUGUGCUGGGUAGUGUCUAUCCGCAUGAUCCGCAGAUCAGUGUGCCGUGGGUGAAUGCGGCGCAUGUGCUGAGUAUGGUUCGUCCUGGGAGUAUCAUCAUUGUGCAUGAUAGACGGCCGUGGACGGCGCCCAUGCUGCGGAUUGUACUACCAGAGCUGAAAAGGAGAGGGUAUAGACUUGGGACGGUGUCAGACCUGUUGAAGGAGGGGGCUUCAGUAUAG